UUUUUUCUUUGCUUGCAGUACUCCAGUGAUUAUGCCUCAGUCAAAGACGGCCGACGUGGGCUCUGCCUUCAUCCAGACACAGCAGCUCAAUGCUGCUAUGGCUGACACUUUCCUGGAACACAUGUGCCUACUGGAUAUUGACUCUGAACCCACCACUGCCCGCAACACUGGCAUCAUUUGCACCAUUGGGCCAGCCUCACGUUCUGUGGACAUGCUUAAGGAGAUGAUUAAAUCUGGAAUGAAUAUUGCUCGCUUGAACUUUUCUCAUGGCACACAUGAGUACCAUAGAGAGACCAUCAAAAAUGUACGGACCGCAUGUGAAAGUUUUGAACCUGGCAGUAUCCACUACCGACCUAUUGGCAUUGCCCUGGAUACCAAGGGCCCAGAGAUCAGGACUGGCCUCAUCAAAGGAAGUGGCACUGCUGAGGUGGAACUGAUAAGAGGCAACACAAUCAAGCUUACUCUGGAUGACAGCUACCAGGACAAGUGUAGUGAGGAAAUCCUCUGGGUGGACUAUAAGAAUAUUACCAAGGUGGUGGAAGAAGGCAGCAAGAUCUACAUUGAUGAUGGACUCAUCUCUUUGCAGGUCAAGGAAAUUGGUGACAAUUACCUCAUGUGUGAGGUUGAGAAUGGUGGAUCCCUUGGUAGUAAGAAGGGAGUGAACCUGCCAGGUGCUGCUGUCGACCUGCCUGCGGUUUCUGAAAAGGAUAUCCAGGAUCUGCAGUUUGGUGUGGAAGAGGGAGUCGACAUGGUCUUUGCUUCAUUCAUUCGUAAAGGAGAAGAUGUAGACGCUGUCAGAAAAGUGCUUGGAGAGAAAGGCAAAAACAUUAAGAUUGUCAGCAAACUUGAAAACCACGAGGGUGUGUACAGGUUUGAUGAGAUUUUGGAGGCUAGUGAUGGCAUCAUGGUUGCCCGUGGUGAUCUGGGCAUUGAAAUCCCAACAGAAAAGGUGUUCUUAGCCCAAAAGAUGAUGAUUGGCCGCUGCAACAGAGCUGGCAAGCCGGUUACAUGUGCCACACAGAUGUUGGAGAGCAUGAUCAAGAAACCCCGACCAACCCGUGCUGAGGGCAGUGACGUGGCCAAUGCCGUGUUGGAUGGUGCGGACUGCAUCAUGCUGAGCGGGGAGACCGCCAAGGGAGAAUACCCUCUGGAGGCAGUGCGGACACAGCACAUGAUUGCUCGUGAAGCCGAGGCAGCGAUGUUCCAUCGGCAGGUGUUCGAGGACCUGCGUCGUUCCACGCCCUACUGCAAAGACCCUGCAGAGGCUAUUGCAAUUGGUGCUGUGGAGUCCUCUUUUAAGAGCCUGGCCUCUGCGAUCAUUGUGCUCACUGGCUCUGGAAGGUCUGCUCACCUGGUUUCACGGUACAGACCUCGUGCCCCUAUUCUUGCUGUGACCCGUAACGCCCAGACGGCUCGCCAAGCACACCUGUUCCGUGGAAUCUUUCCUGUCCUCUACACCAAGCCUGCCCAUGAUGUGUGGGCAGAGGAUGUUGACUUGCGUGUUAACUUUGCCAUGGAAGUGGGUAAGGCCCGCGGCUUCUUCAAGGUGGGAGAUGUUGUCAUCGUGUUGACAGGCUGGCGCCCAGGUUCCGGUUACACAAACACCAUGCGUGUGAUUCUGGUGCCCUGAGGAGUCAGCAGUGCUGCUCUGCUUCAUCCUGCGUAGCUCCUGAUCCUCCUGCACUGCACUCCUGCUCACAGUUCUCAUCAAGGCUGGCCUACAGACUUGACCACUUCAGCAUUUUAGGCAAUAAUUGAAAAUGACUACAAUGUUCAAGUACUUUGUACUGUUUAAGGUUUGAGUUGAAGCUUUAGUAAUUCCACUGCCUGUCUUCAUUCCUUUAGACUCUGUCAAACAAACCAGUCUUAAGGGCCUCAGUUUAAUACACCCUGAUUACAAACUGCUGUCUGUAUUCCCUUUUUAUUAAGCGAACACAAUUAGGGGUGACCGUGUUCUGGUUCUUGUGCAUGCAUGUUAUUGCUCCCAAUUAGGUCUGAUGGGUGGUGAAGCCAGACCAUAACGCAGUACUUAGGGUAUAAAUGAAAUGUUUACCCUCCCAAUGACUACAUGAACAAAAAAACUGUAUAAUCUGAAGUGUGUGUACGUGUGGGGCAGCGCCACCUCUCCACCUAAACUGGUUCUUCUGUAGUACUGUCUGCUGGAGUGUUGUCUGGUCUGCUGGCUUUCAUGUAUCUGGUGGCACUUCUACUCAACCACAAUGUUACAUUCUAUAUUCUACUUGACAUUUGUGAACAGUGAAUUUUAGUUUUGGGAUGUCAAAUUUUGUUUCUUCUAAAGAUGCUAAUUUGGGAAUGUCUGUGUGACCUACCACAGGGCCUUUACAUGUACUGUAUUUGGAUUGUUAGUGCUCAAGAGAUGUGAUUCAGAUGACACGAGCACUUUCAUGGUUUUUCAAAGGGAGGUAGGGAUGAAACCUCAAUGGUUGAGGGGUAGAUUUCUGCUAGUCUUUCUUGUGUCAGUGACCUACUGUAUCUGUCUAACUUGCUUCCCCCCUCCCCCCAUUGGCUGGUGUGUUGAGCUGUCCUAAAGUCUGGAUUUUCAACAAUAAAAGAGAUGAGCAUCUAUCUAAUUUGUUCUCUGCAAA